GACCAACUCUUUCAUGUUUUAAAUUUCCCUCCGUCCUACUGAUAUGCAUACUUAUACAUUAUAUCCAUGACUAAAAUUCAUAUAAUUCAAUAGAAGAGCAUUUCAAACCGGAACAGCUGCAUUUGCGGAUUACGCGGCAUUUGCCCAAUCAGACUAGUUGACGUCAUCACAACCGGAUGUUUUCGACCAUAACAAGCUAACCUAGCUAGCGUUGUAAACGAUACGAAUUUAGCGAGUUAGCCUUAAUUAAAUCGCUUUUUGAGCAAAUACCGCCAGAAAACAUGGUUUGUGAAAAAUGCGAGAAGAAGCUUGGUAGAGUUAUCACCCCGGAUACGUGGAAGGACGGAGCACGAAAUACGAUAGAGAGCGGAGGUCGCAAACGCAAUGAAAACAAGUUACUGACGUCAAAGAAAGCCAGGUUUGACCCGUACAGCAAGACGGGUUUCGCCACGUGUCGUAUAUGUAAAAGCUCGGUCCAUCAGUCAGGCUCGCAUUACUGCCAAGGAUGUGCUUACAAAAAAGGAAUCUGUGCCAUGUGCGGCAAGAAGGUUCUCGACACCACAAACUACAAACAGACUUCUGUGUGACUGCGCCGUGCUGUCGUGUUGCUUCCCAAAAUGUCUACUGAAGUCACACUUUCUGUUUUUGUCUUUACCCGAGUGCAUAAAACACUCACUUAUCACAAAAUUAGCUGUAAUUACAUUUUGUCAUACAGUAGUUGAGACUUUCUAAUUUUAUCUUUAUGAUUUUGUGUAUUUUAGGUGAUUUACAGUAUAUUUUGGAGUAAAAUCCUCAAUUCCUUCCAAAAACACGCAUUUCAAUAAACACAUUGGACUGUCCAGAGAAAAACACAAAACGAAUUUUGUGAGGGAGUGUUUCCACAUACAAAAAAAUAUUUAUUUUGUUUUGGUGGGACAAAAAAUGGAUAUUAGAGCUUAAGGGUUUUAAUUGGACUGUAAUGAUGGUGUUGUAAGAAUUGAAAAUUGCUGUAAGGAAAACAACAAUGCAUUUUUGAAUAUAUAUUCACAUUCAAAAUGGGAAAAGGUCGUUAUGUUUCAUUUAUUUCAAUAGGGCACAAUGUAAACAAUGCUUCUUUUUUUUUUUUUUUAAGAGAACCUCAGACUCAGAGUAAUGAGCCACAAUGUUUCUCUUUUACUAAAAUAUGUUAUUAGAGAAACCUAUAUUAUUGCCAAUGAUUUAAAAAUCUAUAAUAUUUAGUAAAUGUUUUGACCUACAGAGGGUGCCAUGGUUUACGUGCGCAAUGCAUGCUGCGGGUUAUGAUGUGGUUGGUCAGGACUGGGAGAAUAGCUGUGCUAGCGAGCAAGCGAAGCUACUAUGACAAGCAUGAUUUUGUCACAUUCUGCUGCUGGUCAGAUUGAUUUUUUACAGAGCUCAAGGAGAGUUCCCGACGUCGUACCUGCAUCCAAUUUCAGCUCAUCAGUCGUGUCUUUAAAUCGAUCCUAGGCGGCUUGCCGAGAUAUUGAGUUGCUGCCAUUUGACAGUUUGUAUAUCCCUUCAUUGCUAGUUGCAUCAUUUUCUGUGUUUUUUUUUUCAUUUGUCUGUGUCUGCAUACUAAGCAAUAUGACAUUUUCCACUGCCUGCGGAAUCGUCUACGAUGUGCCGCAGGUAAUCGUAGGCUUGAUGCAGAAGUCUAUUUUUCCCGGACGGCGUAGCCGGACUGCAUGAAGUUACAAUACCACCAGGCUGGUAAGGGCAUUUAGCACUGAUACAAAAUAAAACUAUCUGCUUCCUUUAAAAAUAAAAGCACUUUUGUCGACGAGGAUCAAAUUUAUUAUAUUCAAGAGAUGAAAUAUUUAUUUUCCAUAUUUUUCAUUAUCAUGAACCUAUAAAAUAUGUACUUUUUCAUGAGCUUGUAAUAUCCUCAUGCAGAAAAACGACAAACUCGAUAAUUUAUAUUUUAUUAUUUGUGUCGUGAUAAAACACCAAAACACAAAUGUUGCACGAAUUACCCAUUGUUUACUCUCAAGUGUCUGACGUCGGGACGUACAUAGUACAUAUUGUGUCUGAAUUUGUGCAUUCUCGUGAGAGCCCUCGUGAUUUCCUCUGAUUGCCGCAGACAUUUGUAGACGUUGAGCAUGGAGAAAACAAAGACGACCAAAGACAUUUGUAGUGCAAACGCAACCAUUAGAAAUUGACUGAUGUUCUUUUAGCCGUCACGGAACCGUGCCACAGGUAGUGUAAAUUCAACGUUAGCACAGUUGUGUGCUGAGUUGGCAGACAUAAUAGCACUCAGAAGGAAACCAAAACUAGGAUGUGGCCCACGUCAAAGUAAAAAAUAUGGUCAAAGUUGACGCUGUAGUUUCUGAAAGAACACCAAAACGUUGUAUUCAUAAUUAUGUACUUUUUAUUUGGGUAAAUAAUGACCAAAAAAAAAAAAAAAAAGCUGAACUCAUCAGGUCCUUCUUUUAACACAGACAGUUUAUAAUGACAGUUUAUAUCUUACAAAUAGCUUAUAAUACAAAAAGUGAAUGUUUAUAGGAAUAAUAAUAAUAAUGAAGCAGAAAAGAGGUUUAAACAAUACUACUUUGCACAAGCACCAAUGAAAUUCCCAUCAGGGCGGUAUGAGACAAGAAUUGCACGUAUUUAAAAAAAGAUUAAUGGAUUAUUAUAAUAUACUUCAUAGAAAUAUUAAGGCACAUGGAGUCACAGUGAUUUUGCAAAUUGUCAAAGCUGCGGCGUUGAAAACUUUCAAGCUUUGAUGAAUUUUUUUUUUGUGUGUUUGCUACGCCUUGAUGUGUUCUCAAUGUUGGGUGAGUGUCAGGAACUCCUCCCGGGUUUUCGGGUUGUCCAGGUAGAUACCCAACAUGGUGCUGGUCACCGUGCGGCUGUUCAUUUUCUGCACUCCACGCAUCACCAUACACAUGUGCCUGCACGGAAAGUAGUUUGGAUGUCUAAGUUAUGAGGUGUGUGUUGACAUUUUUGGGAGGCGGGUGUGUAGACUUACGCUGCCUCGAUCACCACGGCAACGCCCUUGGGUUGCAGGGCUUCGGAUAGGCCCAUUGCGAUCUGCUUGGUGAGACGCUCUUGAACUGGGAAAGACAAUAAUGUAGAAAAGUUCAAGCUUUAAUUUCGAUGAUUUUGAGUGUUACGCUUUCAUGCAUGAAUUAUGAUUCUUUUACUAAAGGGCCCUCAUUUAACUCAUUGGGUGCCAUUGACGGUGCUCGACGUCCCAUACAUUUUGACUGAGAGGGACGAAUGUUCAUUUGAAUUCGCCCUUCAGUGUCAAAAUGGAUGGGAGGUCUAGUGCUGUCAAUGGCAUUGAAAGAUGAGCAUUCAUUCGUUCCAGUUUAAACAAAUUGGAUGCUAAUAUUUCCCGCCCCUCCCCCAUUUUUUAUUCAAAAAAACCUCGAAUUAAAACUAAUUUAAUAUUCCUCUUUUUAAUUACUAACAAAGGGUUAAGAAUGAAUAAAAAACAAAAUAUUUGCUCCUACCAUAAGAAAAAAAAACACGAAAACAUUUGGUUACGAACUAUAGACGUCCAAUCCAUUUGAACCUUCCAAAUAGAUUGGACAUCUAUCACUGUCAAUGGUAGCCAAUGAGGUAAAAUUGGGUUUGGCGCCUCACCUUGAAGCCUCCGACUGAAAAUCUCCACAAUCCUGCAAGGAAAAGAACAAUUGACUUUUUAGCACAUUAACUUCAAUUGAUCAGAUUUUCAUAUAUUUCUUUACUUUUAUAGUUCUGAAGCAUCUAGCGUGACCAUAUUUCAAUUUCCAAACAAAGGACACAAAUAACAGACACAAAUAAUUCCUGUUUUACUCUUAUAUUAAAAGUUUAUAUGGAUUGAUAGAACGCAUGCCAGCAUUGUGCAUACAUGACGCACACACAUAAGUAUUAUCUGUGUGCGUCAGUUUGCCCUGACUCGGCCAUAUAUACAAUAUUGAAAUAUUGCUUAUUUGGUGUACAGAAAGAAAACCGAGCAUUUUCAGGCUUGUCUUUUUAUUUUUUUAUGAACUCUGGUCAUGCCCGCCUCUUGCGUAAAAGCCGAGUUCAAGCUAGGCGCUAACGCUAAUGCACAGCUGUUGAGGUGGUUGCAGCUUAACUUUGCAUUCGUAGGAAUAAUUGACGGAGAGUAAGUUUUCUUUCUGCCAAAACUGUGCGUGUUUAAUUUCCACCGACCAUCGGAUCCAUCCACUCUCAUGCUGUCUUCACAGGCAAUCUCACAAAUCAAAGUCAAACAAAAAUGACGUACCACAAGUAGCACUCUAGACAACUCAGUCCCAUCCUGCCAUCUUGUGGCGAAAGGACAAUACGUCAACAAGAACACGCAAUAGGAACAUCAUUUCCACAUUAACUGAGGACAUAUUUAUGAAUACAAAACAUUUCUCCCAACAUUUCUCUCAACACCCCCACUUGCUCUCAUGUUGAUGCCCUUUUUAACAAAUGAACUUUUACAUUUCAAAUUCCAAAAAUAACAAUGUCAAACUUCUUCAAUUUUAACUUUGUUGCAGGUUUUGUCAUGAUAUUAGCUAUGAUGUCAUCCGUUGGACAAUACAUCAAUGUUACUCUUCACUGACUCACAGUAGAGCUAAUAAAAUGAUAUUUUAUGUCUAUGUGCUUGCAUCUUUGUCUAUUAACUGGAUUUUUGGCAAGAGCGAUUGUCCCCUGUUCGUCAUCGUUUACAGUUGUUAGAGUGUACUGAUAAUGAUCAAUGCUACCUAGUAGUUGUUCUAAAUAUAGGCAUUCAUGUAUGGUUGAAGCCAGUGCCAUAUAUUCAGCUUCACAGGUAGAUAGUGCGACUGUAGGUAGUUUCUUUGUUUUCCAAGAAAUUGGUGAACUAUUCUUGCCCAAGAAAACAAAGUAUCCUGAAGUAUCAGCUGCCCAGUCAGCAUCACUAUAUGCCUGUAUACCAAGUUUCGCAUUGUUGUCUCUUUUGAGAAUGUUCGGCUUUCUUUCUGUGCGCCUGAAUUAUCAGCUGCCCAGUCAGCAUCACUAUAUGCCUGUAUACCAAGUUUCGCAUUGUUGUCUCUUUUGAGAAUGUUCGGUUUUCUUUCUGUGCGGCAAAUGAGCAAUAUUGCUUGCUUGGCCGAGAGUCGGGGCAAACUGCCCGUAUGUGUGUGCGUCAUGCACGGUGUCGAUGCAUGCGUUCUAUCAAUCCAUGUAAACUUUGAAUAAAAGACUAAAUGGGGAUUAUUUUUGUCUGUUAUGUGUCUUCUUUUUAGAAAUCAAAAUAUGAUCGCCCUAGAAUGACGAAGAGCCAGCAUGUGUAGGCAUUUGUUUUGAUGUUUCAGCACGUGUCGGACUGCGAGUUAGUGCGGAUGCAUGCUACAUUUAUGGGCGGAAUGGAAAAAGACCGUUUGAACGAGCACGCCAAAAAAAAAAAAAAAAAAAAACAUGAAGAAAAAUCAGAUUUGUGCAAGACCUGCAGUAUGAACCUAGCCUAAAGUGUGCGGUAUGCUAAUGUUAGAAGGCGCAUAUACAAUCAACAGAGAAUGUGCCUGCCAUGUUAAUGUAAAAUAACUUUUAAGAGUUAUUCAGAUAACAUAAAUCACAUGUGAAAUGAUACAAUAAUGUGUUAAUAAUUUCACUCAAAAGUCGCUCCAGAGUAUAAGUCGCACCCUCGGUCAAACUAUGGAAAAAAAAAAAAACAAACAAACUGUGAUUUAUAGUCUGAAAAAUAUGGUAAAUGUG